AGCGAGCCUAGCACAGCCGCCUUUAGGUACCUGUCCCCUAGCUCUGGGCGGGGCACGGUCGAAUGAUUGGGGAUCGUGACAGUUUCAAGUUCCACUGUUCCACUCGCCAGUGACCGACCUGGGACCCCCUUUCCCACCUCGUCCCGUCGAGUCCGUUGCUGUUUCUAAACAUUCAAGUUGUCUUUCUUCUCUUUCUCCAAACCAUCUUCAUCGUCAUCACCAUCCAUCACCACCAACCCACACAACAACCACCACCAUGUCUACCGUCCAGAUCCCCCCCGGAGGUACCUACCUCGACACCCUCAAGCGCUCCUUCACCGACGUCCCCGUCCAGGCCGACAAGGAGAAUGCCAUCCCUACCACCGAGUUCCUCGAGGCUGCCGAGUCGCUAGUCUCCAUCUUCGAUGUCCUCGGCUCUACCGCCUUCUCCCCCGUUAAGAGCGACAUGCUCGGCAAUGUCGAGAAAAUCCGCCAGCGUUUUCUUGCCACCCCGACCGAGUCCGAGACUCUCCAGGACCUUGUUAACAACGAGCAAAAGGCCAAGCAGAACAAGGCCGGCCAGGCCCUCCUCUGGCUCGUCAGAGGUCUCGAGUUCACAUGCAAGGGUCUCGCCAACAACGUCGCCGCCGCUGACCAGGAGCUCUCUACCUCCUUCCGCGCCGCCUACGAUGUCACCCUCAAGCCCCACCACAGCUUCCUCAUCAAGCCCAUCUUCAGCGCCGCCAUGAGCGCCUGCCCUUACCGCACCGACUUUUACAGCAAGCUCGGCGAUGACCAGGACAAGGUCAACGCUCAGCUCAAGGAGUACCUUGCCGCUCUCGAGAACUUUGUCAACAUCCUCAAGGCCUUCCUCGACAGCAAGGGCAUCAAGAAAUAGACGGAGAACGUCCAAAAGACACGCACACGACGCGACGGCAAGGUGGCGCCAAAUAUCAUUUAAUAACGAGCCAGCAUUUAUACCUAUAUCGAGAGGCGGAACCGGUUUCCCGUCCGGCCAGAGACGGGACGAUCACGGGCUAGAGGGGGCUGCAGCACCGUAGCACCGCAGGCCUUUUUGUCUUGU